AUUAUAAUCUCUAGUAAAAUCAAGUUUUUUUCUACCAAUUAAAAGAAAAAAAUAUGUCAGGAGCUGGGUGGGAUGACAAGAUGAUUUCCAAGUAUUACGAUGCUGUAUUGAGGCACGGACACAGUGGUGAAAAUAUGAUUCAGAGAAUAGCGGAGGAUCUUGGUGUGGAGGAGAGUGAAGUGCAAAGGGAAGCAAGAAAGUUGAGGAACGACACAAAGAUGAAGAAGAAAAACAAGGCAAAGGGGAACAUAAGCAAAUCAAAGUGAGUUGCUUGGAGAACAAGAAGGAUCUGUGCAGUGCUGGAGGGUUUGCGUUUUAUGAGGUGAUAUAUGAUCUAAAUCACCAUAUAUAUAUUUCCCUUUUACUUUUAUGGUUCUUUGGUAUUUGCUUAUGAAUAUGGUUUGUAAUAAAGAUUGUGGUUUAUG